GAGGUUUCCACCUCGAUGGCCCACAGGGACAUCCCAGAGAAACGUGUGAAGAUUCCCACUGGAAAUCCCUUAUACGAAUCUUAUUACAAGCAGGUAGACCCGGCAUACACAGGGCGCGUUGGGGCGAGUGAAGCUGCACUUUUUCUGAAGAAGUCCGGGCUCUCAGACAUUAUCCUCGGGAAGAUAUGGGACUUGGCCGACCCAGAAGGUAAAGGGUUCUUGGACAAACAGGGUUUCUAUGUUGCACUGAGACUAGUGGCCUGUGCACAGAGCGGCCACGAAGUUACCUUGAGCAAUCUGACUUUGAACAUGCCACCACCUAAAUUCCACGACACCAGCAGCCCCUUGAUGGUCACGCCGCCGUCCGCAGAGGCCCAUUGGGCUGUGAGGGUGGAAGAAAAGGCCAAAUUUGAUGGAAUUUUUGAAAGCCUCUUACCCAUCAAUGGUUUGCUCUCUGGAGACAAAGUCAAGCCGGUCCUCAUGAACUCAAAGCUGCCUCUUGAUGUCCUGGGCCGGGUCUGGGACCUCAGUGACAUCGACAAGGAUGGGCACCUGGACAGAGAUGAGUUUGCUGUGGCGAUGCACUUGGUGUACCGAGCCCUCGAGAAGGAGCCUGUGCCCUCUGUCCUGCCCCCCUCCCUCAUCCCACCUUCCAAGAGAAAGAAGACCGUGUUCCCAGGAGCUGUGCCUGUCCUGCCUGCCAGCCCCCCGCCAAAAGACAGCCUCCGCUCCACCCCUUCCCACGGCAGCGUCAGCAGCCUGAACAGCACGGGAAGCUUGUCCCCCAAGCACAGUCUCAAGCAAACACAGCCAACGGUGAGCUGGGUGGUGCCGGUUGCAGACAAGAUGCGAUUUGACGAGAUAUUCCUGAAGACCGACCUGGACCUGGAUGGCUACGUGAGUGGCCAGGAGGUGAAGGAGAUCUUCAUGCACUCGGGCCUCACCCAGAACCUUCUAGCACACAUAUGGGCCCUGGCUGAUACGAGGCAAACGGGGAAGUUAAGUAAAGACCAAUUCGCAUUAGCUAUGUACUUCAUUCAGCAGAAGGUCAGUAAAGGCAUCGACCCCCCUCAGGUCCUCUCACCGGACAUGGUCCCGCCCUCGGAGAGAGGCACUCCCAUCCAGGAUGGUUCAAGUUCUCUUGGAUCAGGGGAAUUCACUGGUGUGAAGGAACUUGAUGAUAUCAGUCAAGAGAUUGCCCAGUUACAGAGAGAGAAAUACUCCCUGGAGCAGGACAUUAGGGAAAAGGAAGAGGCAAUCAGACAGAAAACCAACGAAGUACAGGAAUUGCAAAAUGACUUAGACCGGGAAACGAGCAGUUUGCAAGAGCUGGAAGCUCAGAAGCAGGACGCCCAAGACCGCCUCGACGAAAUGGAUCAGCAGAAGGCCAAGCUCCGAGACAUGCUGAGCGACGUCAGGCAGAAGUGCCAGGACGAGACUCAGAUGAUUUCCUCGUUGAAGACCCAAAUCCAGUCUCAGGAAUCUGACCUCAAGUCCCAGGAAGACGACCUGAACCGGGCCAAAUCGGAGCUGAACCGAUUGCAGCAGGAAGAAACCCAGCUGGAGCAGAGCAUUCAGGCGGGGAAAGUUCAGCUGGAAACCAUCAUCAAGUCCCUGAAAUCGACGCAGGACGAAAUCAACCAGGCAAGAAGCAAGCUGUCCCAGCUGCAUGAAAGCCACCAAGAAGCCCACAGGACCCUGGAGCAGUAUGACGAGGUGCUCGACGGGGCCCACGGUGCCAGCCUGACCAACUUAGCCGACCUGAGCGAAGCCAUCUCCCUGACAGAGAGGGGCGGUUUUGGAGCCAUGGACGAUCCUUUCAAAAAUAAAGCCUUGUUAUUUAGCAACAAUGCCCAAGAAUUGCAUCCGGAUCCUUUCCAGACCGAAGACCCCUUCAAAUCCGACCCAUUUAAAGGAGCUGAUCCCUUCAAAGGUGACCCGUUCCAGAAUGACCCCUUCGCAGAACAACAGACCGCUUCAGCAGAUCCAUUUGGAGGGGAUCCUUUCAAAGAAAGCGACCCGUUCCGUGGCUCUGCACCUGACGACUUCUUUAAGAAACAGACAAAGAACGACCCAUUUACCUCAGACCCGUUCACGAAAAACCCUUCCUUACCCUCAAAGCUCGACCCCUUUGAAUCCAGUGAACCUUUUUCAUCCUCCAGUGUCUCCUCAAAAGGAUCAGGUCCCUUUGGAACCUUAGACCCCUUUGGAAGUGGGUCCUUCAAUAGUGCUGAGGGCUUUGCCGACUUCAGCCAGAUGUCCAAGCCCCCAACUUCUGGUCCUUUCACCUCCUCCUUUGGAGGGGCAGGAUUCCCAGAUGACCCCUUUAAAAGUAAACAGGACACUCCCGCUCUGCCUCCGAAGAAACCUGCUCCUCCGCGGCCUAAACCGCCCAGCGAAGCAGUGGCUGAUCAGAAAAACUCUGUGCUGUACACACUGCUGGGUGGUAAAAGUACACCUGUAAGCCAGCUUGGUUCUGCAGACUUUCCCGAGCCCCCCGAUCCAUUCCAGCCACUCGGGGCUGACAGCAGUGACCCGUUCCAAAAUAAAAAGGGGUUUGGGGACCCGUUUAGUGGAAAAGAUCCAUUUGCUCCCUCCUCUUCAGCUAAACCUUCUAAAGCCUCUUCCUUGGGCUUUGCAGACUUCACCUCUAGGCUGUUGUGUUCAGGGACUCUUGGCAGCUGAGGUGUCGCACGCUUCCGAAGUCUGAAAACAAGACGGCAGAAGUUUCGUUAGGGUGUCGCUGCCCCCAGAAGGGUCUCCGUUGCCAGAGUUGUGAUGGGCCCGCCCCAGUGCAUUUGGAGCGGCUAGUGAGGACGGAUGGACCCAGGCAGGACCCGCAAAGGAAGAGCCAUUCGAUUUUUCAGCGCUUAAUUCAGUUACCAGCUACAAUGCACAGAGACGUCCAGCCCAGAACAACUGCCCUGACGCCCUUUCCCUUUGCCAAAACUAAACCAAAACCAAAACCCUCCCGGAGCCAGUUAGCAAAGCUAAGUGCCUUUUCAGAAGCUAAUCCUGGGAUUUCUGAAAGCCUGGCUUUGUUUCUCGGAGCGGAGCGCAAGAAAAGAUUCCAGGUUGUAAAACGCUGUCCCUCCAGGCUGUUUUCAGUACCUUCCUGGGUACCGAGAAUCUUGUUCUCCGAGAGCUUCAGAUGUUGUCUUCCCAGAACUGCUUUCACGGUCUGUCUGUCGCGCACUGUUUGUUUUUGAAAAGGUUUUCUUCAUUCGAAUUUGCAAAGUACUUUUGUUUCCUGGCUAGGGGUGGAGACGCAUGACCUAAUAGACACUCCUGCUCCCAGACUCUGUCCUAACACAGGCUCUGCCCUGUCGGUGCGCAGUGAGUGCCUGAUUCGCUUCAGAUCCACCUCGUGCACAGCUAGCCGUCCUGUGGCGUUACCGAAAUCGCCCGAGAUGCCGACGCGUUCUCGGCUCUUGGCGACCUAUAAAUAUUUUACGACUGCCCUUAGCUGAAUUUUGUUGACAGCCAGUGCACACUGUGGAUGUAUACAAAUGGCAACAUUAUUAAUAAAAGCCCAAAACAAAACCCGCUUUAUCUACAGUUUCUUGAAUAGUACCACAUUUGUAUUUUGGUGGGGAAAAAAAAAAUGUUAAACGCUGAUGAGAAAAAUAGAGCUGUUCACGUAUGAUUCGGGUACUCUGUUUUGGGUAGGGAAGAGGGGUAAGUAGACGUGAUUGGCAAUUGGGAGAAACGACUGUUCUCUUUCUGAAAUGCAUGGUUCUGUUUCUGUGACCCCCACCCCCCACCUGAUGGCUGGUUUGGGGAAAAUAUUUAAAAAAAAAAAAAAAUCUGAGGUUUCAAGCUGUCAUUUGGCCCAACAUUUUUGGUCAUUCCAGAAACAUCCCUGGUAUUUGGUCAUUCUCGUUUCCAGGUGGGGGAUCAGGUUCCACCCAGUUUGCAGCCCUGCUGUUCUUUGUUUGAAAUCGCCUUUCCCGCUUCGGAUGCCCCAGUUUUUCCAGAGGAAAUGACCCGACAGUGGGAUUUGGCCACUCUGCUGGGAUGGAGUGUGGGGAGAGGCAGGCAGGACACCUGACUGGUUUGGUUUGUCCCCUUCGGUCCUACUAUAGUCCCAAGAUGGUCAACCUGUCCCACCUUGGGGCACUCAGGAUGUCUUUGCGUUUUCAUGACAUCCAGGGAUGCAGCCCAUUGGCCACUGGUUUCUGGUUCCCUGGACCUUGAAGAUCUGGGCCAACUCAAAACAGGGCCAGAGUCGGUUCCUCUGGUUUGUGUAUUUCAGCUUCCCCAAGUAAACGCUGACAGGUCUCUUCCUGCCCAGUCACUGGCACCGUGACUCUUUCAGCUCGGAUGUUCUAAGAGUGGCACCGACACUCCCUGUUCCCCGCGCAGAAGCCUCUGGGUCCGCACUGGAGCUCAGUUACGCCGAUGUCACUGCGCGUGCCGUCCCCCGUUGGCGCCCUGGCUCUGCCACUCUGGAAGCCUCUAAUUUAUGAGCCCCGAGUUUCCAUCAAUGGGUUACUUGUCCUUGGAGCUGUUCACGGGAAACGUCUCCAAGAUUUCUUUCAAAACAAGACUUUCUGUCUCAGGCAAAUGUGUUUAUUAGGAAGUAGCAUUUAUAGGUUAGCAAAAUGGCUCUUUUUUCCAGAAGUGCAGAGCAGCUAUCAGAUGGGUGCGCCGUGCACCCUCAACCGAGUUGGAUGCGAUUCUCACGGUGGCAGCAGUGAGCCAGCGGGAGGUGGCUGCAGGCGUCCCGCGCAUGGCACAGUACAGGCUCUGUCACACGCCUCGGGCCCCGGGGAGGAACGGUCCCGGGUGCCUUGUGUGCGGAGCCGUCUGGACCCCGGAUUUCUGCCAAGAGGCUGCUGAAGUAAAACUGCUAAGUGUCCGCCUCGAGAUGUUGAGGGAGGGCAGCAACCUGUGCCCCACUGUCUCCGCUCCAGGACGGCGCAGGGGUGAAGCGGGAGUCAGCUGCCGUUGAUGGAGUGGCGGCCGCAUCCACAGGUGCUCCAGGUUCUGGCCUUCACGACGCGGGCAGGUCAGAGGACCGGGGUCCGCUGGGACCCGGAGAGAAUUUUCUGCUGACAUGAGGCCCAGAGGGAGCCACAAGGAACCCUCUUCCUCCGGUGUUCUCUCAGAAACGAUGGUCCAGCCUGCUUCUCAAGUGCGCACAAACCAUAUGCUUGGUUCGAGUCUCCAUAGAGGGUCCUGAAGCUGGCCCCAACCCAGUCCGCUCUGAAGGCAUCUGGAAUGUUCCUGUCAGCACAUCUAAUUUGAAAAUGGAGACCCCUUGAGCAGGAGGCUUUGUGGUGACAUCCUAAGACUCUGGGGCUGGGCGGGAAUCAUGGUGUGGCCGUGUGGCCUCAGCUGAUACUUGACCCCUCCUGGCCUUGCUUCCAGGCUGUGGCUGGAUCACCUUGGCCGUUGCCUGUCAGCCCCCACCCACCCCCUCCUCUGAGCUGACAGAGGACAAGGUCCCUGUCAACCAUGCUGCCAUUUCUGCCAGCAUUUGUUGUUUUUUCCUUGUUUUUCUCCUGAUGAGGUAUGGGAAAAUUCCCCAGAGUGCGGGGGUGGGGGCUUUCUGUGAUGGGCAGUGGAAACAGGGGUGGGGACCAGAUUUCAGGGAGUCCUACCUGGAGACUCAUCACCCCCCUGAACGCUUUUCUGGGUAGCUUCUUUGAGAAAGUCAUACUUAGCUUUUCUUCUUGGGGACGGCUCUUUUUCAUGCUGACCCCACACUUGUCCCCACCUGACUCCCAAGGCCAGACGGAGGGAGGCUGCCUCUCCUGUCCCACCUCCUUCUCCAGGCCACAUGUGGUCCAGACCAGGCUUCCUCCACCGCCCCUCCCCCACUCUGGUGCACAAGCCCUUGGAAGUCUAGCCCCUCCCACCCCAUGCUCUGUUCUGGCAACACCAGGGUUGGCUGGUAACCCCCCACCCCGGCAAAAGCCACACUCACGAAGGUGCCCUGUAGCCCCAACUCCUCAGCUGUGGCUGACCGCCCCUGCCCUGCCUCCACCCAGACCCAGAGAGAAAGUCCAGUGUGCUGCGGGCCAGAGCUCCCUGCUGUCCCCAGGCCUCCGUGUCCCCACCUGUCAGAAGAGCUCACCCCCCAGUUGCCACUCAGGCUCAGUACCUGUGUGAAAAGGUAGCCUCGAAUUUCUUUUGUGCUUCCUUCCCCAGUGCUCCCCCUGGGGUCUGUAUGGGCCUCCUCGAAGCCUGUGUCAGAUUGGGAUUGUCUGUAUGCCUGUUCCCGAGGGCCACCUUUCCAAGGGCCGGCCUGCCUGUUUCUUUGGUGUCAUCCAGCGCUUAGUGAAGAGCCGGCAGAGCGGGUGCAGAGAAGAGACCUGGGAAGGUCCCCGAGUCUGCGUUGGGGCAUGUGACGGGGGGUCUUGGGGGGAGCCAGCGACCCACGCCACGGGAAGAGCGUGUGAGAUCUAGCUUUGCUUUUCUUGCCAGAAAGCUAAGGUGCCUUGACUGGUUUGAAACCACCCAUCUUGGUAUCAGAACGGUUUCCUCUGCUGCCGAAAAAAAUUUUUUUUUGAAUUGAAACUUUUGGAAAAGGACCUCAAGAACUCCUGGACCGAUUGGCUGCUGUAAAUGUUCAAGUACAAAGUGGCGCUUAGCAGGCCCAGAGCUCCCCGGACCGUGGCCGGGGUAGAGAUGCCACGUUUCAAGACAGUUGUCUGUGCACAUGUGAAGCCCAGAGUCCCGAGCACGUGCCAGAACUCUCCAGUCUCGGUGCCUUCCACCCACUGGUGUCAUCGGCCCCUCAUAGAGGCCCGGGCCUUGUAGGUUCGCUGUUUGAGCUCCUCGGUUCAGACCUCUGCUCCACCGCCGUUUUCAGAGACGCCCCAAGAGGAGGCCACGCGGAGGCUCCUCCUUCACACCCCCGUUGAAGCCUCAUAGACUCCGACCCCGGGGAGUUGCAGGAAAUCUCUCUGUGUCCCCAAACUGACGCCUCGCGUUGCCUGCCUUGGUUUCCUGCAGGCAGGGCGACUAGUUUCUCUGAGGUCCCAGGUGGCAGUUCAGGUCAGACUGUUUCUCAGUGCAUGUGACCCUGGGUCAGGACCGGGGGGCGUGCGUGUCCCCUCCCCGCUCCCGACCGAGACACGGACUUCUUUGGCUUCUGCCGGUUUUCACGUGCACGCCACGCGGCCCCCGCCCCCCCUCCCCCUGCGCACCCCAGCAUUGCAUUCUCCUGCACCCCGACAGCGCGCGCGGCAGGCGCCCUCCUCGCCCCCCCGCCCCCAAGUGGCGGCUCGCAGCUUCCGGGCCGAGUAACCCCACCUCCAU